AGAAAGGUCGAGAGGACGAGAGAGUUUGGACACAGGACGUGUGGGAGUGAUUAGCCAUAGCGUGGACCGUCCUUCCCCUCCACUGUUUAAGUUACCUACCUGGUAUUUUCUCUGCCUCGCAAAAAUACGGAGAGAACCUGAGCUUUUUUUUUACCUCAAAAGUUCAGAUAACGCACCCCUCUCAGCUCGUCCGUUUGUCUUUCUAAAUUUGGAAAGGGAGACUUAAGUUCAAGAAUCCGCGAAAUUAGUUUGUUUUAACAUUCGCGGGAGUUUACUUUUCUAUCCUGCAGCAAAUAAUACCGAGGUCGUUGAUUGGUUGAUCAGCACUCCCUCGUGACGUCACAGCAUCUUUCUCUUCGAGCAAUCUUGAUCUCUCGGCGCAGAAGAACUCGGGUGCCCCCCAGAAGAAGACGGUCCUUUCUUUUUUCCCUCCUUUGACCCAGCAGCCGCCGAAGCAGCAAUCUCGCGCAGACGACAGCUAGAACAGGUGUCGCUUCAUCCCGUCACAACUGUCGGAUUACGUCUGCUACAGUCGUUGGCCUCUUCUGAGAAUCGAUAAAGCAAUCGAGACAAGAAGCCGUCCAGUACAACGCCUGAAUUGGAUCUACCUGGCGACGCCAAAUAACUUCUGACUUUAGCACUUCAGAUUUCUAAGAAACUUCCUGCAGCGACCAAGACUCGAAAAUGAGUACGCAGUCAACUGUAACCGAAAAACGCACCAUCAUCACCUCCAGCUCCGGAGGCAGCAGUAGCUCCGCCUUGCAACAAGAUGGCGGCGGCGACGACUUCUACUACAAGUCUAGCAUCCACCCCCGCAACAACCAAGUUGGGCACUCAUCCUCUCUUUCUGGGGUGAUCGGAAGCGGCAGCGGUGGAGGAAGCUACAAGAGGACCGUUGAAAUUUCCUCAGGCAUGUUGCCCUCUGGCUUCGGCAAUGUCUCCCACACUGGCGUCACCAGCGUCAAGUCCACCCGCGAGAGAGAGAAGAAGGACAUGCAGGACCUCAACGAGCGUUUCGCCAACUACAUCGAGAAGGUUCGAUUCCUCGAGGCCCAGAACCGCAAGCUCAGCUCUGAGUUGGAACAGCUGAAG